AUGACGACGCCUGCAAUUCGGAUCCCCUUCACGGGCCCACUUCCACCUGCAAUUAUAGUCCCUCGGGCGGCAGCAACCCUGACGGGCGCCAUUGAGGCGGUAACGUCGUUCUUAACUGCGCCACCAUCCUUGAAUCUCCGAGGCGUCGAUGUGGGAAGGCAUUCCCAAACGGUGCUGUUGACCGGCGCAGGCAUCUCCGUCGAGUCUGGCCUGUCGGACUAUCGCGGUGACCAGGGCACGUACCGACGGAAUAAAUCCUACCGUCCGAUUUACUUCCACGAGUUUAUCUCCCGCCACGAGUCUCGCAAGCGGUACUGGGCGCGCAGCUUCGUCGGAUGGCCCGGUUUGGUGAAAGCCAAACCCAACUCCACGCAUUGGGCUAUCAAAGGACUAGGCGACAAGGGAUACAUCAGCUCCGUGGUGACCCAGAAUGUAGACUCGUUCCAUUCCCUCGCGCACCCGGAGCUGGACAUCCUGGAACUACACGGAUACCUGCGAUCGGUCGUUUGUACCAGCUGUCGCAGUCAGCUUCCACGAGCUGACUUCCAAGCCUCCUUGGAGAGGCUCAAUCCAGCAUGGUCUGAGUUUUUGGCCCGCAUGCUGGAACAGGGCGCGCUCGACACCGAUAACCCAGAAGAACAGCGACGGAAAGGUCUGAAGCUCAAUCCCGAUGGCGAUGUCGAUCUGGCAGAAGCGCCGUACUCGACUUUCCGUUAUCCCUCGUGCCCAAAGUGUUUAGAAAGUCCCCCGACCCUGGAGGAUGGGACGAAGGCGAAUGUGGAGGUGGAAAGUGAUGGCGCAUGGAUGCCGACGUCCAACGCCGGCAUCCUGAAGCCCGCCGUGAUCAUGUUUGGCGAAAACAUUGAUCCGCUGGUCAAGACGGCGGCUGAAGAAGCGAUCGAUGAUGCUGGGCGGCUACUCAUUCUGGGGAGCAGUCUGGCGACCUACUCGGCCUGGCGUCUGGUGGAACGAGCCCACAAGCGCGGCAUGCCCAUUGGGAUCAUCAACGUUGGAGGAGUCAGGAAUGAAUCCACGCUCUUUGAAAACAUCGAGCCAUCCAGUUCCCACGUUCGAUGUAGCCAUCCAUCGCAGUUGGUGCUUCCGAGUGUGGCCUCUCAGCUCCCUGUCAAUGUGCUAUAG